GUGUCAAUGUUGCUUAGGUAUAUAAGCGGAUGUGAAUUCGGUUUGGGUCAUCAGUCAUCGAGCAACAGUUCAACAGCUAAAAAGCAACACAGCUUUUCUAACUAAUCUAAAAAACUACAAGCCUAAGCAGAAACAUGAAGAUCUUUGUGACAUUUUUGGCAGCCUCCACCCUGGCUUUGGCCUCGGCCGAUGUUAGCCUCAAAUCGAGCUACAACUACAACGGCAACUCCGGUUACUAUGGACAGCAACAGAGCCUCAUUCCAGCCUCCAUACUCAAACCCAGCCAACAAUAUCUACCACAACAACAGCAACAACUUGGCUACCAAUCCCUUGGCCAGUCGCAACGUUAUGUGGUACCCUCUGCCCAACAACAACAAAACGUUGUCAUGCGUUUCCCCAUGCCUGCCGAUUUCCCAAUGAAUUUCAAUUUCCAACCUGCCGUUGCCUCGAAACCUAUGCGUCGUUAUCGUCCUCGCCAGCGUAUGGUCAAGAAACCAAUUGUAACCAAGAACUUCUUCAUCCACUCGGCGCCCGAAGAAACCCAGGCCGAAAUCGAUGAAGAAUUGGCCCAGUUGCAACAACAACCACGCAAACACUACAAUGUCCUGUUCGUUAAGACACCCAGCCAAACGAACAAGGCUGCUGCCCUUAACCUGGCCAAGGCUCUCAAAGAAGAAAAGACAGUGGUCUAUGUUUUGGCCAAGAAAACUUCGGCUGCCGAUUUGCAAGAUGCCAUUCAAGAAGCUCCUCAACACAUCAACAAACCCGAAGUGUUCUUCAUCAAAUACCGCACUCCCGAAGAAGCUGCCAAUGCCCAGCGUCAAAUUCAAUCCCAAUACGAUAGCUUGGGAGGUUCCACCACCAUCACCGAUGAAGGUGUUGCUCCCAGUACUUCUGUUAUUGGUUCUUUGGAUGCCUCGGCCGAGGAAGAAGAUGAAGAAGAAGUCAAAUUGCAGCAACAACAACAGGAGCAACAAGCCAGUGGUGAUUAUGGCGUCCAACAAACCCAGCCUGUCCAAUACGACGAGCAACAGUUGGUGAAUGCCCUGCAGACAGCUGCUGCCACAAAUGGAGGCUAUUUGCCACCUUCAAAUCAGUUCUAGAAGAUCUUCGUUGUUAGUCCACCCCCCCAUCCCCUAAUGUUAUUUAGUUAGUUAUGAAAGCUGUUAAAGAUGAUUGAUUCAUCCACUUUAGGUGUACCCUAAACCGUUGUCCUGCCAUGUCGUCUAAAGUGCGAUGACAUUAAUCUGGUUGUUAUAUUUUUUUCUAUAGACUUAGUUUUAAGUUAAUGUUCAUACAAACACACACACACACAAGCACACAAAUGCAUUUAUGUUUUUGUAUCCUGUACCUUUGAAAAUCAUUGAUUCAUUAAAAAAUUACAAAUUUA